AUGGCUCUGAGUGGAAACUGCAGGACUUACCUCCCUGCUAGAGAACAAGGGGCUGGUCUUCACUCCUUCCCUGAGGUGGUGGAGCUAAAUGUGGGUGGCCAAGUUUACUUCACUCGCCAUUCCACCCUGAUAGGCAUCCCCCACUCCUUGCUGUGGAAAAUGUUCACCCCGAAGAGAGACACAGCCAAUGAUCUAGCCAAGGACUCCAAGGGAAGGUUCUUCAUUGAUAGGGAUGGCUUUCUUUUCCGCUACAUUCUGGACUAUCUCAGGGACAAGCAAGUGGUCCUGCCUGACCACUUCCCAGAGAAGGGAAGGCUCAAGAGGGAAGCUGAAUACUUCCAGCUUCCAGACUUGGUCAAACUCCUUACUCCUGAUGAUAUCAAGCAAAGCCCUGAUGACUAUUGCCACAGUGAUUACGAGGAGGUUUCCCAAAGCAGUGACACAAGAAUAUGCCCCCCAUCAUCGCUCUUACCUUCUGACCGAAAGUGGGGAUUCAUUACCAUUGGGUACAGGGGGUCAUGCACCAUCGGCAGAGAGAGCCAAGCUGAUGCCAAAUUCAGGAGAGUUCCAAGGAUUUUGGUUUGUGGAAGGAUUGCUCUAGUCAAAGAGGUCUUUGGAGAAAGUUUGAAUGAGAGCAGAGACCCCGAUAGGGCUCCGGAAAGAUACACCUCCAGGUUCUAUCUCAAGUUCAAGCACCUAGAGAGGGCUUUUGACAUGCUGUCAGAAUGCGGAUUCCACAUGGUGGCCUGUAAUUCCUCAGUAACGGCUUCUUUUGUCAACCAAUACACAGAUGACAAGGUCUGGUCCAGCUAUACUGAAUACGUCUUCUACCGUAAGUACAAGCUAUUUGCAGUGCAAAAAUUAAUCAUCUGCUUAAAGUCGGUCUUUUUUUCAAAUUUUUCUUAG